GAACGCUGGGCAGGCGAGUCACCUUAGGCAAUUACUGCCGCUCGCCUAGGCUGGCCGCUCACUCGGAGCCGGGGCAAGGAGCCGGCUGCCGAGCCCGGGGGCAGCUGCCAGCAAUUCUGGAGAGGCUCGUCAGCCCGCCGCUAUGGAUCUAUUCGACUUUUUCAGGGACUGGGACUUGGAACAACAGUGUCACUAUGAACAGGACCGGAAUGCACUUAAAAGAAAAGAGUGGGAACGGAGAAGCCAAGAAGUCCAGCAAGACGAAGAUCUCUUUGCCUCAGGUUUCAGUCUUUUUGGGGAACCCUACAAGACAAACAAAGGUGAUGCACUUGCCAGCCGCGUCCAGAACACACUGGGAAACUAUGAUGAAAUGAAGGACUUAUUAACCAAUCAUUCCAAUCAGAGCCAACUAGUGGGAAUUCCCAAGAAUUCUGUACCCCAGACUCCCACUGAAAAAAAUGAACCAAACUUUUUUCCUGAACAAAGGAACCGGAUGAUUGCACCUCAUCAGGGCGGUAGCCACUCAGCAACAUCAGUGCCUCCUCCGACUUCAGGGACCUCGAGUUCAAGUGUAUUACAUAGUCACCAGAACAUCAGAAAAGCAAGAACCGAUUGGCCACGGGCUGGCCACAGCUCCACCAUUACCCAGGCAAGCCAGUCCACUGGUCAGCCAAAUCGAAUGAAACAAAACUCUUCCCAUGAUCAGCCUCAAGGCAGAUAUGAAGACCUUUUCAGUUGUCCAAGUGAACAACCCCAAAAUGGAGGAAUGGAGGAUGCCAACACAGCAACAACAUCAUCUCAUUCAAGAAGACUUAGCCAUUCAAAGUCCAGUGGUGGAGAGCCUUCUUAUAAAGAGAGCAUUCAAUAUCCGUCCCCAAUAGAUUUUGAAUUUUUAGCAAAUGGGCCUAUUUCUCCACUCCCUUCCACAUCUUUACUCUCUGCAGCCAGUAGUCUUGCAAUUCAAAAUUUCCCACAAGGUCUUUACUGCAAAACAAGUAUGGUUCAGCAGAAGCCUACUGCUUACGUGAGACCCAUGGAUGGUCAGGAGCAACUCCCAGACUUCUCCCCCACACUGAAGCCGAUGCUCGAAAUUGAGAGUGGAUAUUCAAGUCAAACAUUUGGGACACUGCUGGAGGGAAAACCUAGUGCAACUACUUCAAAGGCUAAACUCCCAAAGCUCACCAUCCCUCAGCCAAGUGAAAUCAACCUUUCUAGCGAUCCCAGCUGUGUGGAAGAAAUUUUGAGGGAGAUGACUUACACCUGGCCUCCACCUCUUACUGGAAUUCAAACUCCAGGAAAAGCAGAACAGACUAAAUUUCCCAACUCAGGCAAGGACCUCCAACUUUCGACCUCAGGAUACAGUACACAAAAGUGGAGUGACACAGACAUCAAAGUACCAACCAAACCACCUGCUUCACAGAAGUCAAUGCUUGAAGACGACCUGAAAAUCAGCAGUGACGAAGAUGAAAACGAGCAGGACACUGAAAAGGCCAAACCCAUGGACAUUCCUUCAAACCCGACAGUGCCACCUGCCCCUGAGCCUGUGCUCAUCCCCUCCAGUGGGGGGUCAGAAAGCUCCAGUGAAUCCGACAGCAGUUCUGAGUCUGAUUCUGACAGCGAGAGCACCUCGAGUGACAGCGAGGGCAACGAGGAAUCCCGCAGUAACACGCCAGAGCCAGAGCCCCCUUCAGCCAACAAGUGGCAGCUGGACAAAUGGCUGAACAAAGUAAACCCUCAUAACAAGACAAUUAUAAGUAACCAAAAUGAAACUUCCAGUGAGAACAGUUCUCUACUUUCCAUCACCCCCCAAACUGAAGUUCAGAAUAAGGGAAAAGUCACUUCUGGCCUAUUCCAGAUUGAACCCAAAGAGAGGCCCCUCCUGAGCCCUCUUCGGGAGAAAGCUCGCCAACGGCUUAUCCAGAAACCACCUCCUCCUCCUCCUCCUCCCCCCCCCUCCCCCUCCCCCUCCCCCCCCCCUCCUUCUCUUGAGGCCAAAAACGCCAGGCAGAAGUCGCCUGCUCAAACUGAAGCAGCGCCCCCAAGGACCAUAGGCAAAAAGCCACCGCCAAAGGUCGAAAGGACACCCAGCACAGAAGAAUGCCCCUGGCCUAGACCAAAUCCUCAUCCCAGCAACGCUCCCAAAGACAGAGACACCCAGGAACACCCAGAGCAGGCCAAAGCACGGAAUAGAGCUGCAGUUGGAAAACUGGCCCCAAGGAAAGAACCCAAACUUACUGCAGCAUUUAUUGCUGAAAAGAAGAAGUUCCGAGGCCCUGGGAAAAUGGUCCCCAAGUCUCGAGAAUUUGUCGAAACCGAUUCCUCCACUUCAGACUCCAACACUGACCAAGAUGAAGCCUUACAGGUCAAAUCGCUGCCUCCUGGUCCCCCUUUGACCAGCACCCUCAAACCUAAGGAGACUCCAGGCAAUGGCAUCGUAAACGUCAGCACUUUAACGGGAAGUAGCAGCAGCAGCAGCAACAGCAGCCUCUGUAUGGAUGGCACCACCACUGAGGUGGAGGAGCAGCUUUUCUCACCUCUGCCUAUCGUGCAAACUGAACUUCUGUCCCCCAUACGUGAUUACGACGACGCGAAAGCACUUUGGGUCAAAAUAGAUCUUGGCCUACUGUCUCGAGUACCUGGCCGAGACCCGCCUGAAACCACUUCCACCAAGACCGAGCCCAGAGAGAAUAAUACCAAACCACCACAGACACAGCCAGCACAGUCCCGAGAGUCACCUGGCCCUUCAUUUGCUGAAAAGGUGCCUGCCAAGAACAAGAGGAAGUACAAGCCAUCUGACCAUUUGGACCUAUUUGCUGACAACAAGAAGCAGCGGCUAGAAGAUAUCCCACCUUCCUGCCUGCUUCCACCUUGCAUUUCACCAAUACCUAGCAGUCACAGAUUUCCAAGCACUAAAGAAAAUAUUCUAGCCAAAAAAGUGACUAAGAAGAGAGAUGACAAGCUAUUCCCACCUCCACUGUCCCCAUUGUCGGAUGAACCCCUACAUCGACGCAUCAGUUCUGACAGCAACAGUUCCUCCAGUCAGGAAGCUCACAUGCCUACUGCUUUUCCAGCUGCCAGUUGUUCCUUUGCCAGACACAGAAAGAAUGAGAGCAAGACCCACUUAAACUUCAGAAUAUGUGGUGAAGAUACCUACAAUCGGGGGCCCAGCAUUGGGCUUCUGGAUAGUAACCAACUGGAGAUGGCUACUUGGUCUUCAAUGUCAUCCCUGGCCAAUGGGAGCUCUGAGUCCAGAAGACCUCGGAUUCAUUUUGAUGACAUGCCUCACAAUGCCGACUAUUACAUGCAGGAGGCCAAGAAGCUGAAGCACAAAGCUGAUGCACUGGUAGAGAAGUUUGGCAAAGCCGUAUAUUAUACUGAUGCAGCCCUCUCCUUCAUCGAGUGCGGUAAUGCAAUGGAGCGGGACCCAUUGGAGGCUAAAUCUCCAUACACCAUGUACUCUGAAACCGUGGAGCUCAUCAGGUACGCCCUGAGGCUCAAGAAUUUCACCUGCUCUUCUGCCACAGAAUGGGACAAAAGACUUGCGAUUUUAUGCUACCGAUGCUUAUCACUCUUGUACUUGAGGAUGUUUAAACUAAAGAGGGACCACGCCAUGAAGUAUUCCAGAUCUCUGAUGGAAUAUUUUAAGACUUCUUCCAAGGCUGCCCAGACACCAUCUCCAUGGGGAAGCUGUGGAAAGAGCACCGAUGCACCAUCACCUUUGUCCCUCAGCCCUUCAUCAUCAAGUGCUUUACCAUCAUUGGGACCUAUUGUCAUUCCUCACCGAAUCCAUCACAUGGCAGCCAGCCACGUCAACAUCACUAACAACGUGCUUCGUGGCUAUGAACACUGGGACAUGGCAGACAGACUGACUAGAGAGAACAGAGAAUUCUUUGCAGAUUUAGAUUCACUGAUGGGGCCUUUGACGCAACACAGCACAAUGACCAACCUGGUUCGUUACAUCCGCCAAGGACUGUACUGGCUUCGCCUAGAAGCCCACCUGUCCUAAUGGCUGAACCGUCAUCUUCAUCAUCCCAUAGUUCUACCUCUACCAGCGCACUGACGAUCACUGGUGGAACUUCACUCAUUUGGGAAAUAUUUUUUGAUUUGCGUGUUCAUUUUUAUGCCUCUUUUGAUAUCUGUGGGAAGCAGGAAUCACUCAAUGUAAGUGGACACUACACCUCCAGAGUAGUAUAUGUUAAGUCAUCUAGCUAUUUUGGGUCAUUUUAGCUACAUCUUUCCAACCGUGUACCCCUUCUAUGCUUUACAGAAUACUACAUUCCCUGCAGUCUUAUUUCAUGUCCACACUGCCUAAAACUAAAAAUGGAAAGAAAGCACUUUGUGAAGAUGACGGAUUCCUGAGAAGUAAAGCAUAAAUGUCUUACCUAUGUAAAAGAAGAGAAUUUAGACACAGAGAACCUGCAGAGAUUACAAUUUUAUAAAUCAUAUAGCUGUCCCCCAAAUCUAUAUUCAUAUGAGCCA